AGUUUCCCCGGUCUCCAUGGCGACCCGGUGGCCAGCUGGGCGCUUGAGCCAGGGCUGGGCGGAUGGGUCAGCGACUGGCUGGUUGGACUGCUGGGCUGUGGGAGGUGGGCGUUUGCUGGCUGCGAAUGGACCGGCGUCUGUGAUAGUGCAGACCCAAUAAGCGGAAUGCCGGAAUUUUUGAAGGAGGCGGGUUAGCUAGAGUCCGAGGCUGAUUUAUCCUGGACGGGCGACAGAACUAGAAGGCAUGGGUCGGUGGUGCCUUUGGAAUGCGGGAGAAAGCGCCAUGCAGUUUUUUUUUUUUUAAAUAUCAUUUUUAACCUUACAAGGUUAUGCCGGGCGUGGUGCCUCACAUUUGUAAUUUCAACACUCAGAAGACUGAGGCAGAAUCGCGGCGAGUUUGAGGCCAGCCUGGGCCACAUAGUGAAAUCAGGACCAGGGCGAAUUGCACAGGGAUUCCCAGUCUCAAAAUAAGAAAUCAAAUCAAAAGGAAACAGACCCUUACAAGGAUUAAAAUCUGUGUUAGAGGCACUUUGUUUUUACGAGACGAGGUUCGUAAACAAAUGGUCUUUAGGGAGAAAAGGUCCCCGGAGGACGGGAGGGAAGGACGGUGCCCCCGCCCUAGUCCGCACCCGGGUCCGUCCUGGACAAGGAGCGCCGGCCUCUGUGCGGCCCGCAGCUCCCGAGAAGCGGGGAGCGGGCGUGGUCCUGCUGAUGACGAAACUGCGCCCCGCCGCGUUACAAUGGCGAGGCGUUUCUGACCUCAGCGCCAGCUGAGGGUCCUGGCGGCCGCACCCGGGCGCCCCAGUCCAGGGCAGGGCGGGAGGGGGGUGGGGGGCGCUGAGCUGCAGGAUUUGAAUGUUCGAGGGGUUCCCACGCUCAGGGGCUCCGCACUCUACAGGUUUCCAAACUGGAUCACAGGCGGCGAGGGACCAGCGUGUGUCACUGGCUCCAUAUCGCAGAGCGUGUGCACAGGAAAAGGACAGAGCAACUACUUCUCUGAAAACCCUUGUGACAGCCUGUCGGAGUUGCUAACAGCCGAACUCAACUGGCCUGAAUCACGGAUACCUAAGAGGGCAAAGAAGCAAGGCAAGUUAAUGCCUCUUUAGGAGUUCAGAAAGGAAGGUAAUCUUAGUUCCACAGGAACCCGGUAGGAUCCUACAGUAAAAUCUGUUAGAGACAAGAGCACGAAAUUUGAAUCCCAGCUCCCUGACACCUUUGUCUACUGUGCCGGUCUCGGACAAACAUGGCUACUGCUAAGGGAAUGGCAAUUGGCAUCGACUUGGGCACCACCUACUCAUGUGUGGGGGUGUUCCAGCACGGCAAAGUGGAGAUCAUCGCCAACGACCAGGGCAACCGCACCACCCCCAGCUACGUGGCGUUUACUGACACCGAGCGGCUGAUCGGGGAUGCGGCCAAGAACCAGGUGGCCAUGAAUCCCCAGAACACCGUCUUUGAUGCCAAACGUCUGAUCGGCCGGAAGUUCAACGAUCCUGUUGUGCAGUCAGAUAUGAAGCUUUGGCCUUUUCAAGUGAUCAAUGAAGGAGGCAAGCCCAAGGUGGUGGUGUCCUACAAAGGGGAGAAUAAAGCUUUCUACCCCGAGGAGAUCUCAUCAAUGGUGCUGACAAAGAUGAAGGAGACUGCAGAGGCCUUUUUGGGCCACCCUAUCACCAAUGCCGUGAUCACUGUGCCAGCCUAUUUCAAUGACUCUCAGCGCCAAGCCACCAAGGAUGCAGGUGUGAUCGCAGGACUCAAUGUGCUCAGAAUCAUCAACGAGCCCACAGCUGCUGCCAUUGCCUACGGUUUGGAUAAAGCAGGUCAGGGAGAGAGACACGUCCUCAUCUUCGACCUGGGCGGCGGCACGUUCGACGUGUCCAUCCUGACCAUCGACGACGGCAUCUUCGAGGUGAAGGCCACGGCGGGUGACACACACCUGGGCGGGGAGGACUUCGACAACCGGCUUGUCAGCCACUUCGUGGAGGAGUUCAAGAGGAAGCACAAGAAGGACAUCAGCCAGAACAAGCGGGCGGUGAGGCGGCUGCGCACCGCCUGCGAGCGGGCCAAGAGGACGCUGUCUUCCAGCACCCAGGCCAACCUGGAGAUCGAUUCACUUUUUGAAGGUGUUGACUUCUACACAUCCAUCACCAGAGCCCGGUUUGAAGAGUUGUGUGCAGACCUGUUUAGGGGCACCCUGGAGCCCGUGGAGAAGGCUCUCCGGGAUGCCAAGAUGGACAAGGCUAACAUCCAUGACAUUGUGUUAGUAGGUGGCUCCACACGCAUCCCUAAGGUGCAGAAGCUGCUUCAGGACUAUUUUAACGGCCGUGAUCUCAACAAGAGCAUCAACCCUGAUGAAGCAGUAGCCUACGGGGCUGCAGUACAGGCAGCUAUUUUGAUGGGGGACAAGUCCGAAAAGGUGCAGGAUCUGCUUUUGCUGGAUGUGGCGCCCCUGUCCCUGGGAUUGGAGACGGCAGGUGGUGUGAUGACUGUCCUGAUCAAGCGCAACUCCACCAUCCCCACCAAGCAAACGCAGAUCUUUACCACAUAUUCUGACAACCAGCCCGGGGUGCUGAUCCAGGUGUACGAGGGUGAACGUGCCAUGACGAAGGAUAACAACCUGCUGGGCCGUUUUGACUUGACUGGAAUUCCCCCCGCUCCCAGAGGGGUUCCUCAGAUCGAGGUGACCUUCGACAUCGACGCCAACGGCAUCCUCAACGUCACGGCCACCGACAAGAGCACUGGCAAGGCCAACAAGAUCACCAUCACCAACGACAAGGGCCGCCUGAGCAAGGAGGAGAUCGAGCGCAUGGUGCAGGAGGCGGAGAAGUACAAGGCGGAGGACGAGGCCCAAAGGGAAAAAAUUGCUGCAAAAAAUGCUUUAGAGUCCUAUGCUUAUAACAUGAAGAGUGCCAUGAGCGAUGAUGGUCUGAAAGACAAGGUUAGCGAGUCUGAUAAAAAGAAAAUACUGAGUAAAUGCUGUGAGGCCCUCUCCUGGCUGGAGGUCAAUCAGCUGGCUGAGAAGGAAGAGUUUGAUCACAAGAGGAAAGAACUGGAGCAGGUGUGUAACCCGAUCAUCACAAAGCUCUACCAGAGCGGAUGUACUGGGCCUACAUGUGGAAUGGGGUACACACCCGGAAGAUCUGCUGCAACAGGCCCUACCAUCGAAGAAGUAGAUUAGUGCUUUAUAGAACUAGAGGGUUCUGGGGGUGCAUCUAGGUGAAUUUUAUUUCUUUCCUCUUCAAAUAUUCUUCUGAUUCUUGAAUUGACUGGACCUGAACCUAAGUUACCAUCCCUUUGGGAUUCUGACAGAGAAGUCUCAAAAAUCAUCCUUUCAUACUGCACCAUCUUGUCUGUGGCUCUGAAAUGGACUUUUUAAGGAAAGCUAGACCCUCUUCAAGCAUCUGGUGAUUUUGAAUGUCUCGUUUAUUUCCAGCCACACCAACUGUCUCCUUCCCACGUGGAUGAUUGUCACUCAGUAAAUUUAUUCCUAAAGGCAAUUACUUCUGGUAUCUUUAGGCUGUAAGUGUACGUUGAAAAGUAAAGGACAGAUAAUGGGGAACAUGUGUUCUCUGUGAGCUCGUUGUGAAUGAUUAAAUUGGCAAGGGGAAAGUA